UGCUCCAGAACAUGGACUCCAGUGUGGACCCGUGCCAGAACUUCUAUCAGUACGCAUGCGGAGGCUGGAUAGAGCGUCACGUCAUUCCUGAAACCAGCUCACUUCACAGCGUAUUCAAUAUUCUGAGAGAUGAGCUGGAGAUCGUACUCAAGGGAGUUCUGGAGAUGCAAAGUAAGGAUGACAGAGAGGCCUUCAAGAAAGCCAAAACGCUCUACAGCUCAUGCAUGAAUGAGAUUGUGAUUGAGCAGCGUGACUCACAGCCUCUUCUCAGGCUCAUUGACAGUAUUGGUGACUGGCCCGUAGCCUCUGAGGUCUGGAACGACACAGCAGAGCAAGAGUGGAGCCUGGAGGACACACUGGCUGUUCUGAACACUCGGUACAAUAAGAAAGCUGUGCUGGAGAUGUUUGUGUGGCCAGAUGAUCGAGACUCCAGCCGCUACAUUAUCCAUGUUGACCAACCAGCACUAGGAAUGCCUUCAAGAGAUUAUUACCUCAGUGAUGGGAAUUAUAAGAAGGUGCGUGAGGCGUAUCUGGAGUUCAUGGUUUCCAUAGCAAGGAUUGCACGAGAAGACAGGAACUUGACCCAAGAGGAAGAGCGUGUGUGGGAGGACAUGACUCAAGUGCUGGAGCUGGAGACAGACAUCGCGAACGCCACGUCACCUGCAGAAGAGCGCAACGACAUCACUGUGCUGUACAACAAAAUGACACUGAGAGAAGUGCAGCAAACGUUCAACCUCAAUGGCUUUAAUUGGACACGCUAUGUCCAGGGUAUCAUGUCUAGUGUGUCAGUAACGGUGCAGCCGGAUGAACCCAUAGUUGUGUACUGCUCACCUUACCUGGAGAAACUCAGAGCUGUUCUUUCCAAGCACAGUCACAGGACUCUGCAGAACUAUCUUGCGUGGAUGCUCAUCAUGGAGAGGGUCAGCAGUAUGAGCCGGCGCUUCAAAGACGUGAGAGCGCACUACAGAAAGGCUUUGCAUGGCACUACGGUAGAGGAGGCCAGGUGGAGAGACUGUGUCCGUUAUGUCCAGGGCAACAUGGAGAACGCCGUCGGGGCUCUGUACGUCCGGGAAACCUUCUCUGGAAACAGCAAACACAUGGUGCGUGAACUCAUCAAGAAGAUUCAGGAAGCUUAUGUGGAAACGCUGGAAGAACUGAGCUGGAUGGAUGAACAGUCCAAGGAAAAAGCCAGGGAGAAGGCCAUGGCAAUAUCAGAACAGAUCGGUUAUCCCGACCACAUCCUUGAAGAGGAAAAUAAGAAACUGGACGAGGAAUACACACACCUGAAUUUCAGUGAAGAGAACUAUUUUGAGAACAUUCUGGAAAACCUGGCAGUCUCAGCCCAGAAAGGUCAUAAAAAGCUGAGGGAGCCCGUGGAUCCUGACAUGUGGAUUAUUGGUGCGGCUGUGGUCAAUGCUUUCUAUUCACACAACAGAAACCAGAUCGUGUUUCCUGCUGGCAUCCUCCAGCCUCCGUUCUUCAGUGAAAAACAGCUGCAAGCUCUAAACUUUGGUGGAAUUGGGAUGGUUAUAGGACAUGAAAUCACUCAUGGAUUUGAUGAUCAAGGCCGCAGUUUUGACAAGGAUGGAAACAUGUACAACUGGUGGAGCAACUUCUCUGCCGAGCGCUUUGAGGAUCAAUCUAAAUGCAUGGUGGAGCAGUACGGCAAAUUCAGCUGGAAACUUGCAGGAGGCCAAAAUGUCAGUGGCAUCACAACACUAGGAGAGAAUAUUGCUGACAACGGUGGCGUUCGUCAAGCAUAUAAGGCGUAUAUGAAGUGGUUGGAGAGGGAGGGCGCGGAGCCCCGUCUUCCCGGACUGGAAAUGGAUCACAAACAGCUCUUCUUUCUAAAUUUUGCCCAGGUCUGGUGUGGUGCCUGUCGCCCUGAAUACGCCAUUCAGUCCAUCAAAACUGACCCACACAGCCCUCUGGAAUACAGGGUUCUAGGUUCCCUCCAGAACUUUGAGGCAUUUUCUGAAGCAUUUCAUUGUGCACGAGGAGCUCCCAUGAACCCCGAGGAGAAAUGUCGAGUGUGGUAAUGUGCCGGCGGAGUCACGGGAGUCUGUGUAUAUUAUAGGAACCAGGCAGCGGUUAGGAGAGCUUGGAUCAUCUUAUGUUGUGUCUGUUAGUCUGAUGUGUCAGACACUACCAAGGUGUUAGACACCUACAUGUGUGACUGCAUAGAUGUCUACUGUGAACUUUCAAAUGCGCACAUAUAACCGAGUGCAGGCGUCGUGAAUGUGCACAGUAAGGGUGUUGUUUUUCUGAAAAAGAGGCAUGCUUUUUCAUUAUCUAUAGGUCUUGUUUGAAUAUUUACAGGUUUCUUUUAACACUAUUAAUUUUUGCAUUGAAUAACAUGUGUUAACACAAUAGUUUCAAUGCAACGAGAGGCUUAUUGACAUCAGAUUUUUCCAGAUUAUGUAAAUGGAUAAAUCCCUCGGUUGGCUUACGAUUCUGACGGCUCUCCAAUAAUAUAUUCGUUGUGCUUGAGCGAACCCAAAUAGCGCCAACAACUGGAGGCUUGGAAGCCGAUGGAGAUUGUGGUUUGAAUAAAAACCAGUCAAGGCAUCAUGUUUCGUUUCAUAAUAAGCAGCCUUGAAAUAUUUUAAUUAUGCUAUAAGAAAUAUUAUUUUAUUUUCCAAAGCAUGCAGCGGGAAAGAGGCAAAAGCUUGAGUCCUAUUGAGUGAUGCCCC